AUGUCAAGCAGCUCGUCCACUAGCUCAGAUCUGCUCCUUCUGUACCACGUUCCGCCAGCCAUUGCGCCUACCGAGCUUCUCUCGAACGAAGCCAUUCUCGGCGUUUCCAACGGCGAUAUGACUAACGUGGAAUUGUUGGCCGAAUUGCACUUCAAGUUGGCUCGCGAACACCCGACAGCGAAAAUGGAAAAAAUGGUGCAAGAUUGGGAAAAGACCUUGGCUCGCAAACUGCAGGAAAACUGGCGCAAGGAGUUCACGGCGAAUCCCAUGGGCGGAGGCGUGAAAAUUCUGGAUGCAUUGUGUCAUUGGAAACUUGACACGUGUGCGGAAAUCCACAAACAUAUUGCGAAUUUGCAGAAAGAAAACGACAACGAGGGCAUUAAGCGACUGCGAGCAGGGGAGAUCGGAACGGAUGAUGAGGGAGUGUCCUACUGGUAUUUCGAUGAUGGAUGUUGGAUAUAUGCCGAAGACAAGCCACGGUGGCAGCUAGAAGAUCGGUACGACACGAAAAACCGUCGUAUAUGGUGGAGUUUGCAAGCGCCAAACGAAUCCGAUUAUCUAUUAAUUUUGACCCGGACCAAGACUCGACUGCUCCACCGCUGCGGUUGCCCGUAA